GUGUGUUCGGUCACUUCCUGCGCAGCACGGCGUGGCCAGGCGGCUGGGUGCCGGGAGGGUUCAGUCGGCAGCAAGAUGCGCAUCGAGAAAUGUUACUUCUGCUCCGGGCCCAUCUACCCGGGACACGGGCUCAUGUUCGUGCGGAACGACUGCAAGGUCUUUAGAUUCUGCAGAUCAAAAUGCCACAAAAACUUUAAAAAGAAACGAAAUCCCAGAAAGGUCAGAUGGACCAAAGCCUUCCGGAAAGCAGCUGGUAAAGAACUAACAGUGGAUAAUUCAUUUGAGUUCGAAAAACGUAGAAACGAGCCACUGAAAUACCAGAGAGAGCUGUGGAGCAAAACUGUUGAAGCAAUGAAGAGAGUGGAAGAGAUCAAACAAAAACGCCAAGCUAAAUUUAUCAUGAACAGAUUAAAGAAGAGCAAAGAGCUGCAGAAGGCACAAGACAUCAAAGAAGUCAAGCAAAACAUACAUCUUGUUCGGGCUCCACAUGCAGGCAAAGCAAAACGGCUGGAGGAGAAAAUGGUACAGAAAUUGCAAGAGGCUGUAGCUAUGGAAGAAGAGUCCUAAAAACCUUGUCCUUUUUUUCCUUCUAUUUUUACUUCCUCAACUUACUUACUGUUUUUUGACUCUCCUCUUCAGAGUUCUGACUCGUGCAUUAUUGAUUCAUUUGACAUUUGUUCAUUGAAAUGAAAGGUGAUUAAACAUACCCUAGAUGCAUAUCUUUCUUUUUUGUGUUCUGCUGUGUGUGAAGCACCAGACGUGUUUAAUUAUAUCUUUUAAGGGAAGGUACUCUCAAUUCUUUAUUGGGAGAAAAAUAUACUUUACUGAGCAAAAGUUAUUUUGCAAGUCACCCAGUACUGUUUGUAAUUAUAAAAAUGAGGUAAUUGGCAUGAAAUGGCUGUCCUACAGAUAAUGCUUUUGGACAAACCUUAUCAGUGAUGCAUAACAUAAAGCCUUUCAUUUGAGAUAAUAUAUACCUCUUUAUUGUCCAGGGACAGACAGUGUAAUUACCUUUUUAUCUAGCUAAUAAUUCAAGGUAUAAUUGGCUUCAGUGGCAGUUUUCCUCAGUAGACUUGGGUCCAAGUCUUUUCUAAUUUGGUAUGCCGUACCCCUCCAGUGGUGGGUAAAUUGCACCUUUGCACCUACAAGGGAUGGCAGAAUCACAUUUUGUCUGUAUUUACUGCAGUGGAGUGUUAGCUUUUUACUAUAUCCCACUAGGGGGAAAUAGACUGCUUAAAAUGUAACAAUGGAAAAUGUUUUUGUGUGUUUUUUUUUCCUUCCAUAUUUAAAAGAACUCUUCUUGAUUUAGCAUAGUCUAUUAGAACAACUAACACCGAUGCAAGUUUUACUGUUGUUUGGAGAAGGCUGCCAAUAGAAGGGUGGCUUCCAGUUUGGAGAUUGGAACCAUCACCUGUAUAACCACUGGAACUCGAAUCUGUGCCACAAAACCAGGCUAGUUCAAACAUGCAAUAAAUCUAACUUUUUACCAUGUAUAAUGUAACUUAAUGCUUUUGUAAUUAUGUUGACAGAAAAGUUGCUUUAAAGUAUAGGUAUGUUGGAUAUUCAUAGUAGUAUUUUCUUCAUCCAAAGUGUUAUCAGUUUUGCACUCAGAUAAAUAACUUUCAAUGGACAACUGUUUACCUACACCAUGAUUAGGGAAGCCUUUCAAAAACACUUUAAGUAUUAUUUACUUCCUUGUCACUGCUAAUUACACUGAAAAAUCAUAAUUUGCAGUUUCAUUCCUGAUAUGAAUAGGAGGUAAAUUCAAUUGGAAAACUACCUUAUUUCAAAAAUGUAUAUACCUGUAUGCUGUUUUAAAUAAAAAUAGAAUUACAAUUUGUAUGUUCAAAAAGAGACUGUGGGGGAAUACUGAUGUGCCUGGAUUCAAAAAUGUAGAUCCAUUUGAAUUAAGUGUCAAUUUAGAGUAUUCUAAAUGCUAACACACUGCUGUUAAAACAUAUUUAAAAUUAUAUAAAUAACAAUUACAGGCGUUUAGGACAUGAAGGUAAAGUUUAAUUGUAAGAUCUGUUAAGUGUGAUACAUAGUGGCCACAUAAACCUGAUGAUCAGUGUUUGGUUGACUGAUAUGAAUUGUAUUUGCUGGGUAAGUGCUGAUUUUUAAUACGGUCUCAAAAUCAUUUGCCAGAUUAGCCAGGAAAUGUAUGCUGAUAGGGUGAAAUCAGAUGCUAAAAUACAUUCCUGAAUGAAGAUGAGUGCUCAGACUCCACCAAGGCAGAGAAUAUUUUCUCUUUGAAAGGUACAAAUGUAUCCAUUUUUGAGCAUUGUGCACAUGCAAGUUAAGUAUCCCUUUAUAUGUGUUUAGAUCUUUAAAAUGCUGCAUUUCUGAUAUCUUUGCCCUAUAUUAAAUAAGAAAUUAAGCAGCUUGUGUAUGUUUGGGGCAACAAAACAGUGAACAUAAUCAAAUACGUUAAUAAAAUUGUAAGCUGUAAUUUAAUGCCUGAUCUAAAGUAUAUACUAAUAAAGGGAUUCCAGUUGCACAAAAAUACACUGAUCCUGGACUCACCUUUUUGGGAAUUCUUACAGAAACCUGCAGGAAAAGACUGAGAAAACUGGGUGCUAUUGUUUUGAGAAAGAAAGUUCUGCUUUAUGAGGUUUUUAUUCACUCUGGUUUUACCAAAAAGGUUGUAAAUAAGACUAGGCCUUGCUAAAGCUAUUGUCAUUUUUCUCUUAGAAAAUUUGCUUUUGUGACUGAAUCAGGAGAAAGGUAAUUUUGUUUUAAUACUGGGCUGAAGAUGAUGGAAUUGCUUCCCAAGAUGACAGGUACUGCAAGGACUUUGGCUGCAGGCAAGAGCCUCAAGGGCUCUGGUAAGUCCUAGUUAUAAACAAGAAAAGGAUUUAAACCCUAUCUUGUCUGGUACAGCAACACUUAAAGCAGAAAUUCAUUUUAUUAGUUGGAUUACAGAUCUGUGACUAUUU